AUGUCUCCUCAACUCCCUUCAUUUGCUAGCCAAUCAAAGCCUACAGAGCGCGCCGAGACAUUGAAGUCGGUAGGCCGGUUGCGUUCGGCGUGUGACUCUUGUCAUCAAGCUAAGAUCAGAUGUUCGGGAGGAAACCCUUGUUUAACUUGCUUGGUCUCUCAAGCCAAGUGCAGCUAUAGCCCGGGGAAUCGUCUCGGCAGACCAAAAGGGAGCAAGAACAAGCGGGUCGCGGUAGAAAAGAAUAAGGACAAGCGAGACGAAACAGCUGAAAGCAAGCAUACCAACGGCGCGGUUGAUCGUCGAGGCUCAGAACCCAGUGCACGGGGAGAGGCACAGCAGCAUUCGGGUUUUAUGCCGGCGGAAUUUGAUUUAGAGCAUGGAUUUCACGCCGGCAUAACCGAAGACCUCCUCAAUUCGAAUUUUGCAUCCUUCAUCGACACAAUCGGAGAGUCACACGCGCACACAAGUCUAGAAGGGGAUUUGAGUGCAACGUUUCCACGUCCUAGCAAUGCUAGAGAUCAAUCGCCAUAUCAAAGCCUGGCUUUCGGGACUCCAAGUUCCGCAUACGACAGUGAAUAUACCACCGCAACCAUCAACUCAUACGCGGAAGAGACAGAACUGCACACUCCCAGGAGUACGGUAUCCCUAGAUGACAAACAUGAAUACUUAGGUAUAGGUUCAUUUGUACCUCAGAAGCCGACUCACUGUCCAUGUCUACAGCAGCAGGUGCAACUAGUCUACCAACUUGGGGAUAUACAAUGCUCAAAUGCCGGCACCCCUACUGUUGACUCGGUCCUUCGCGGAGUCCAACUAGCUCAAGUCCCCUGGAAAGAUAUGAUGGAAUGUAGAUGGUGUCAGAGAAAAGAGGACCAAAAAGAAGGGUUUCUCCUAUUUGCGACAAGUAUUCGUAUACUCCUUUCAUUGUUUCAAAAACUCAAUUCAACAUCUCACAAGAACGAUAUUGUAUCCGAAACCACAAUGAACCAGGCUUUUCCUUUUGCCCUUGACGUGGAAGUCUCAGUAGGUAAUUUCAAGUUAAUUGGUGGGGCAAAGGAAGAAGUCAUUGGAGUAGUGGUUCGAAGAGCAUUGCAGAGCGUUACGACCGCUCUUCUCUAUCUGUGGGAACGCGUAGAUAGACCGAGACUAUCUCCAAGUGCUGAUCAAAGGGGCGGGGGCGGCACGGAUGCUACCCCCGGGUCAUCGGAUUCACAAGAACGGCGAAGGAGCGAUUUCCCGCCAAACUUCGGUACACAGGACAUAGGAGCUCUUCUUACUAGCCUCUAUUCUAUCAUGCAAGCUAUAAAACGGGAUUUAUGAAAUUGUACGUAUAGAUAUUGACCAGGCCUGUAAUAUUCACAUAAACUAUAGCUUAUUCGAAGUAUUUGAAUAAUAA